CUAAGGACCGAUUCCACCGUUGUGUUAAACGAAGUUUAAAAUAUCAUUUUUACAUCAACAAUGUCAUUUUAAUCUCCGUUUAACACAACGGUGGAAUCGGCCCUAAGCUCCCUACUAAUUAUCCUUCCUCCAUGCUCCCUACCUUCUAACUCCAUGCUUCAAACAAAUCCAGACCGUUACUUAUCUAUAUUGCAUUUGUUUAUCUGAGAGUCUAAGAUUCUCAAACAACAACAUAACCUUAUUUUUUUAUAAACAAAAUAUAAAAAUGAUUUUUUAUUCUUUAAAUAAUGGAUGAUGAGGUGGAUACUAUUGAAGAUUUUUACGGUGUUUACUUGCUGUACUGUUUAAAUCCGAAAUAUAAAGGCAGAACUUAUAUCGGCUAUACAGUAGAUCCAAAUCGUCGAAUAAAACAACACAACAAGGGCAAAGAAUUCGGUGGAGCUAGGAAAACCAGCAAUAGAGGCCCAUGGUCCAUGAUAAUGAUAAUACAUGGUUUUCCCAAUGAUAUCUCUGCUCUAAGAUUUGAAUGGGCUUGGCAACAUCCACUCGUUUCUAGAAGAUUAAAACAUGUUUCAAAAAAGAAAAAUAAUGAAAAGCAGUUCAAUUUCUGUCUGAGGGUAUUAUCAGAGAUGCUGAAAAUUGGACCUUGGUGCAGAUUGCCACUUAAUAUUCGAUGGUUAAAUUCAGAAUUCGUCACUGAUUUUCCAAUCCAAUCACUACCUCCUCUCCAUAUGUCCAUUUGUCAUGGUCCGGUGCUUAGCAAAAAGAUUGAGAGGACAAAGUCUUCUGAAUCCAAUACUUUACCCAUAAAUUUUUCUAAAAUAUGUGAUGUUUGUCAAAAAGUUAUAACAGGAAAAGAACUGCAGUGUCUUAAUUGGAUCUGUGAUCUCAAAGCCCAUAUAACUUGCUUAUCAAAUUUGUUUUUAAAUCUUGAUGAGUAUGUGCCCAUACAAGGGAAGUGUCCAAAAUGUGGACAAGAACUUUUAUGGGGCGAUAUCAUUAGGAAAUUCAAAGGCUGUAAUAACAAUUUUGACCUGACUAUUAAUGUAAAAGAUGGAAACGAUUUUUACUCAUCCGAUUCUGAUUGAUUUAUUUAUUGAUAACGAUUAAUUAUUGUAUUAUUUUUUAAUAGUAAUUGUGUAAUGGGUAAUUUAAUUUUGUAGAGGAUUAUAUUAUAUACUAUUAUAACAGGAUAUAAACAGACUUAUGAUACAUCAAUUUUAUACAUGUGUGUGUUGACAUCACCACAGAACCUAAACACGUUUGCGUUUGUCUUAAUAUGGGUAGGUACCUACAACGAUGUUAUAGAAAAGAACAGUUUAGAAACGUUAAAAUGUGGAAACUAUGCAGUGUUUAUUUAAAAGAAGAGUACUUUAUACAGGUGACAUUCGGACUUAAAUGAUGAGCACUAAAAUUAAAGAUUAUAAUGGUAAGAUCUUAGAAUAUUAUAUUUCAAUUAUUCAAAAUUCAUAAUAAGCUUUGUCUACCCUGCCUACAGAUGAGAUGGUUUCUAGCAAGCCUGAGACACAACCAAGACACUUUCAAAUAUUUUAUUUAAAUAAUAUAAUUUUAAAUUAUCCUUUUUUUCUAUGUGCACAUCUCAACCUAAAUUUAAAUAAAAUGUAAUCUCUUAUAAAUUAUUAUAAAUAUGUAUUAGCCACUAUUUUAAUUAAUUAUAUAUUCUUUUUACACUGUUUUAUCUUUUAUUUACAUAAAUUGCUUUCUGGUAUUUGGAUUUGUCACUUUGGAAAUAAAGAUUAUUACAUUGAGUGAUCCACAAUAAAAUAAUUAUUAAUUGGGUCUAGCAAAAUUCACCUUUGUUGAAGCAUAUAAUUUUUAUUAAUGUCAGUAAGAGCUUGUGUACUUAUUACGGACAUGACUAUUAUCUCUGUUAUAAAGACUAAAGAGUAGGUGAAUCAUCAAAUUUCCAUCCUUCUUUUUUUAAAGUCCGCCAAAUUGACUAGUUAGCGGGUCGCCGUAACUGAGGUUAAUUUUCUGUGAGUCAAUGUGAAAUAAGUUUUUUUUUAAAUUGAUGAAAAGAGUCAAAAUAAUGUGAAAAAUGUACCCAAGUACAAGUAACAUGAGUGACAAAAAACACCAAAGCAAGAUGUAUUUCAUUCCAAGUUGUAAAACGGGAUACAAAAAAUAUAUGUAAAAUUAAAGAAAACACAAGGAGAAAUAAUUUCAAAGUCUCUUUAAAGCUUUUAAUGUAAGUAAAAUAAUG